UCCCGCACCAAACACAGAGCCGCAACUACCCACCCGGGGUUGCCGACUUCCGGGAGUCACACAGCAUGGACGACUUCAACAGCGACACAGACAGCGACUACACCAGCUACUGGCGGGACUGGUUUAUCUCCUCCCGGGGAAACGAGUACUUCUGCGAGAUUGACGAGGAAUACCUGACCGAUCGCUUCAACCUCACCGGCCUCAACACCGAGGUGCAGUACUACCAAUACGCGCUCGACCUCGUGACCGACGUGUUCGACUUCGACUGCGACGAUGACAUGCGCGAGCAGAUUGAGAAGUCUGCGCGACAUUUGUACGGCCUGGUGCAUGCGCGAUACAUCGUCACGACUAGGGGUCUGGCGAAGAUGCUCGAGAAAUUCAAGAAAUCCGACUUCGGCAAAUGCCCGCGCGUAAUGUGCGAAUCGCAACCGCUCCUCCCCAUGGGCCAGUCCGACGUGCCCAACACGUCGCCGGUAAAGCUGUACUGCGCGCGCUGCGAAGACCUCUACAACCCCAAGUCGUCGCGCCACGCCGUCAUCGACGGCGCCUACUUCGGCACCUCGUUCCACAACAUCCUGUUCCAGGUCUACCCGGCCAUGCUGCCGGCGAAGAGCCAGCGCCGCUACGAGCCGCGCGUCUUCGGGUUUCGAGUGCAUGCUGCUGCCGCCCUGGCACGGUGGCAGGCGGAGGAGAGGGAGAAGUUGAAGGAGAGGCUGAGGGGCGAGCGGAUAGAGACGGGGUUUGAAGAGGAGGAUGAGGAGCUGGAAGAGGAAGAGGAGGAUGAGGAGAUGGAGGGGGAUGGGUUUGAGGGCGCGGUUGUGCAGCAGUGAUAUUCUUUGGUAGACGUUGGCUUGGCUGAUGGGCAUAUGGGGUAUCGAAAGGGCUGGGUAGGAUAUCUCUUCUUCAAGCAUGGUAUGGCGCCAGGCGUGGUUUCCGACUCGAUUAGAAUUACUUAAUACCACGAUACAUCAAGUCCACACGGGGCUAGUUGGGUAUAUAAAGUGUAGAUAACAUCGGAAGGAGUCCAAUCACGUAGUGAGACGAACCGGGCCAACGACAGCACUCCACGAAGCCCACCUCAUCAUCAUCAUCAUCACCAUCACAGCACUUCAAGAUCAAGAAAACACUUUUCAAUCACAA